AUGGGUCCACGGGGCCGUGGUGGCAGUCGGGGAGAAACCGUGGUUAACCUCUUCAACAGGGAAUCUGAUGAAGGGUCUCUUUCAGAAGAAGAAGACUCUGAAGUCUCAGACUCGGAAAGCUCUGAUGGGAGUGUCGCAGAAGAGGCCCCAACUCGGCCAUAUAUGACAUUGUUGCGCAGUCUGUCUGAAGGGUCUGGCGUCAAACGACGAAAGCUAGAUCAUCGGGAGAAUGAUAGUAAAGAAUCGGGUGAAGACGACUCAAGCGAAGGUUCAUCGGCCGGUGAAGAUGCGCCGGACGAUGUGGACAGGGACGCUGAUCACGUUGAUGAGCCCGAGGAGGACCAUGAUGAAAUCAUGGACCAGGAAAGCUCCGACGAUGAGGAUGAGAAAGACCUCACAGACUCCUUCAACUCUCACUUUGCAAGUCCAGACGAAGCUGAGGUUGCUGAGAGAAUAAAGUCCAUCACAAAUAACGAAUGGGUUUCCCAGAGGCUUUCCUCAAAAUUGGCGAGGAUAGUAUUGACGUUGCCAAAGCAAAAGGAGGCAUCAGAUAACGUCUCAGGUCCUGUGCCUGUCACAAAUCCGGCAACAUUAAUCCUCAAGCCAAAACUCAAAGAAUCCAUCACGUCUCAACGGCCACAGUUCGACGCAUCUGAGCAGGCCCUAGCUGCGCCACUCUUUCAGUAUUACGACACACUUUACUGUCAACGGACUGUGGCUAACGGCGACAACCUGAGACGACUGGUCUGUCUUCAUGCCUUGAACCAUAUUUUCAAAACUCGAGACCGUGUCAUCAAAAACAGCGCAAAGCUCGCCAAGGAGAGCGCAGAUCAAGAUCUUGAGUUUCGCGACCAAGGGUUCACGCGACCCAAGGUUCUCAUGCUGCUUCCGACUCGGAACUCGUGCGCAAAGAUGAUAGAGAUGAUUUGUUCCCUCACGGAAGUAGACCAACAGGAGAACAGAAAACGCUUCGACGACUCCUACGUGACAAAGGACAAGCAAAAGUUCUCCAACGACAAACCUGCAGACAUGAGAGACCUGUUUGAGGGAAAUUCUGACGAUAUAUUCCGUCUCGGUGUCAAGUUCACCCGAAAGACGAUAAAAUUCUUCUCGCAAUUCUACAACUCUGACAUACUUUUGGCUAGCCCUCUCGGCCUGAGAAUGGCAAUGGGCUCAGCAGAGGAGAAGAAUCUGGAUCACGACUUCUUGAGCUCCAUCGAGAUUGUCAUUAUGGACCAGGCCGACGCCAUCCUAAUGCAGAACUGGGAGCACGUCGAACACAUCUUUGAGCACCUGAACCGGCAGCCCAAGGAAGCCCAUGGUGCCGACUUCAGCCGCAUUCGCAGUUGGUAUUUGGAUGGCCAGUCGAAGAACUAUAGGCAGACGGUGGUGCUGUCGAGCUUUAACAAUCCAGAUCUCUCCGAGGUGAUGCGGGUUCAUUGUCACAACUGGCAGGGAAAGGUCAGGAUACAACCUGACUACCAGGGCGUCAUCCAGCAGCUUGGUGUCAAGGUCAAGCAAACAUUCUCCCGCUUUGACGCUCAGAACAUCAUCGCGGAACCAGACACGCGGUUCGAGUACUUCACCAAGGCCGUUGUCCCAUCCCUGACUAAGAGGGCGAAGGAUAGCUCCGGCACUUUGGUGUUCAUCCCUUCUUACAUGGACUUUGUACGAGUGCGGAACUGGUUUGCAACAUCCCCCGCCGCGCAGAGUCUUUCCUUUGGUGUCAUCUCGGAGCACACAGAAGUGUCAGAGAUGUCAAGAGCGAGGUCGCACUUUGUCACCGGCAGGCAGAAGGUUCUGCUGUACACGGAGCGCUGCCACCACUUCUGGCGCCAUCAGCUACGGGGGGUUCGGAGGGUCAUCUUCUACGGGUUGCCCGACAACCCUAUAUUCUACAGAGAGAUCGCCGGCGGGUGUCUCGGCAGGAGUGAACAAGAUAUGACACUGGAGCCUGGAGAGGGAAGCGUCAGAGCCAUGUUCUCUAAAUACGACGUGAUGAAGCUGGAACGGAUUGUCGGGACGCCAAGAGUGGGGAAAAUGCUACAUGAGAAAGGAGAUACGUUUGAUUUUGUCUAG